AUGGGGACGGCCGUGAACUCGAUGGAGAAGUACGCCCCUUACGACAAGAUCCUGGUCGACGCCCCCUGCAACGUCGACCGGGACCUGCUGCGCGGGAGGGACGAGAAGAUGGCGCGCUGGUCAGUCGGCAUCGUGGCCCGCAUAAGCACCGUCAAGGUCAGCGCGGAGAGGCAGCUGAAGCUGCUGCGCAACGCGCUCUGGCUGCUCAAGGAGGGCGGCGUGCUGCUCUUCUGCAACCGGGCGCUCGCGGGCGGCGAGUGCGACGAGGUGGUCGAGCAGCUGCUGGUGCAGGAGACCUGGAGACCGCUUCGAGCUGAGGGUGCUGCCAGUGGAGGAGGAGAUCUGCCGCAUGGUCCCCAACUACGGCGGCGAGUCCACUGGGCAUGGGGUGCCAGCCGCGAAGAGGAGAGGGCCAGCGGCACCCCAGCGGCCGCCACGCGAUCUACCUGUGUUUGCGUGCCAACACGUUUUCAUUUGCGGAGUUGGGCUCCAUGGCGGAAGCGGCCGAGCGACGCCUGCAGUGGGACUCUCUGGGAACACGGCUGCCGCCGCAGAAACUGUCGGCUUAACGGCGGCACCGCACAGAGGCGGCGCCGAACAGAGCGACGGGUCCCGCUAUCAUGGGAGAUCGCGGACCUCCGCCGCCGAGCGAGGCGGCACUGGCCGCCUGUUGGGGAGGGCGCCUCCGCCGACCCAUGGAUGUGGCGACCGCGCGCCAGAUCCACGGAUCGCUAAUCCAUGUCUGCACGCCCCCGAGGCCGGGAGGAGCAGCGAGGCCCGAGCGGAAGGCGACCCAGACCCCCGACGUGUCAGGAUUCUGUCGAGACGCGGCCCCCAGAGUUGUGGAAGUCGCUCCAUGGAGAGGAGGCACGUUGCCAAAACAGUUCCAGAGGUCUAACACGUG